AUGGGGAAAAGAGGAAGGGCGUGCGUGGUGGUAUUGGGAGAUAUUGGCCGAAGUCCUCGUAUGCAAUACCAUGCUCUUUCCCUUGCUCGUCAGGCAUCACUUCAAGUUGACAUUGUGGCUUAUGGAGGUUCUGAACCCCAUAUGGCAUUGCGGGAGAAUCGGUCUAUUCAUAUCCACAAAAUGAAACAGUGGCCAACAAUUCUGCAGGGCUUGCCGAAGAUGCUUAAGCCAUGUAUGCUUUUACUUAAGCCAUUGUGGCAGUUUCUCAUGCUUCUUUGGUAUUUGUGCGUCAAAAUACCAGCCCCCGAUGUUUUCAUUGUGCAGAAUCCUCCAUCUGUUCCAACCCUGGUGGCCGUAAAAUGGGCAAGCUGGUUGAGGAAUGCCAAGUUUAUUGUUGAUUGGCAUAACUUUGGUUAUACUUUGCUAGCACUAUCGCUUGGAAGAAAUAGUCGAUUUGUGACAGUAUAUCGUUGGUUUGAGAAGCAUUAUGGGAAGAUGGCUCACGGUUCCCUAUGUGUAACAAGGGCUAUGCAACACGAAUUGGCUCAAAACUGGGGAAUCAAAGCUGCAGUUCUAUAUGAUCAACCACCUGAGUUUUUUCAUCCUGCCUCACUUGAGGAGAAGCAUAAGUUAUUCUGCAGGUUAGAUAAACUUAUUAGUGAGUCACAAGGUGUUUGUGAUUGCGCCAGCUAUGGAACCAUGGGAAUGGGUAGCCCUAAUCUAAAUGAGACUGUAUUUACGACCAUGGUUGGUGAUGAUAUUUUCUUAAAACCAAACAGGCCUGCUCUUGUUGUAAGCAGUACAAGCUGGACACCAGAUGAAGAUUUUGGCAUUCUUCUUGAAGCAGCAGUUAUGUAUGAUAGAAGAGUUGGUGCUAUUCUAAAUGAAGACGAUUCUAUUGUGGAAGAGGUUCUUUGGAAUGAAAUGUCAGCUGGAAAGCAAUAUUUGUACCCUAGGUUGUUAUUUAUCAUUACAGGUAAAGGGCCUGAAAGAGAAAAAUAUGAAGAAAAAAUAAGACGGUUGCAUCUUAAGCGUGUUGCAUUUCGUACCAUGUGGUUGUCAGCUGAGGAUUAUCCAUUGCUUCUAGGAUCAGCUGACCUUGGGGUGUGCUUGCAUACUUCAUCAUCGGGAUUGGACCUUCCCAUGAAGGUCGUGGACAUGAUUGGUUGUGGACUGCCUGUUUGUGCUGUCGCCUACUCUUGCAUCAAGGAGCUCGUGAAAGUUGAGAAAAAUGGUCUCCUCUUUUCAUCACCUUCAGAGUUAGCUGAUGAACUUUUGAUGCUGUUUAAGAGCUUUCCGGAUGAAUGUGAUGCACUGAAGCUGCUAAGAAAUGGUGCACUAGAAAUGGGUUCUUCAAGGUGGGCUAACGAGUGGGAAGAGCAUGCUAAGCCAAUAAUAUUUGAGGUUAUUUCUCAGAACCUGGGAUAA